AUGUCGUCCAAGUCAUUGCUUCCUGCAACCUGUCCACCCGAAUCACCCAGCGGACAACUUCGACUCUGCAUUCCUUCUCCUUCUGUCCGUCUCGAAUCAGACCAAGACGCUACAACCACCGCUCUGUCAGAGACAACUCUCUGUCUCCUGAGUGGCUCGCUCGACGAUUUUAUCCUCUUCGCCGGCCAAGAGGCCUCCCAGUGGCUGCUUGACCAGGCACAUGACAUCUGCGAUCCUACCCAUCUCCGGGGGUCGUUAUGGGUUUGGAAGGGGGCAUGGGUUCUUGUCGCUCGCACCGAUCCGUUGAUUGCGUCGACGUAUUUCUACAUUCUCCCCACAAACUUGACAACCCCGCUGUCCAAAAUCAGCCGCCGCGAUGGCAGAUCGAAAGCAUCCAGCAAUACCCGCAACAAUGCCCGCAUCAUGCGUAGUCGCGUACUGGAGAGAGAUGAGCGCUGCUGGGUCACGAAAAACACCGAACCACUCACGAACAGCCACAUAUGCCCGAAGCGCAUGGGAGACGACCUUGCAAGAGGAGUAUUCGAAGCGUUCACUGGACUGCCCCACUCUCCUAACCAGUCUAUUCUCGAUCCUACAUUUGGGCUCUGUUUGACCCUCAAUUUGGACACAUGGUUCUGCAGUCAUGUCUUGGGCUUCCGCUUUGUUUCCCCCAACACUUAUCGAUGUCACAUAUUCAACACCGACCCUCAGUGCUUCUACACAGCGGCUGGCGCUUACCGCCGUAUCCCUCCUCCUCCUUACCUAUUAAUUCAUGGUUGCAUCGCCAGCCCACCAAAUCCAGACCGUGACUCGAUUCCUCCUCCUGGACUCUUGCGCUGGCACUAUUUACAAUGUGUCAUCAAAAAAUUUGGCCAUUCCAACUACACGUCCCUUGCAGGCAUCCAAUUUCCCAACCUUAUGGAGGUCGUCGACUCAGAUGAAGACUCAGAUGACGAGAGUGGAACAGACGAUGAAGCAGAUUGGCCGUCGAAAUCUCUCGAUUUGGGAAGAGCUAUUGAGGCUGAACGGGUAGAAGGUCAAGAACGGCUUGAAUUAGUUGACGAGUGGUUGUUGUCCACUAGCUGA